UUUGAAUGAUGGGAAAAGAUUUGUAAUGACUUGUUGCGUGUGUUGCUUAGGAAGUACGCUGCUGUUUUGUGGUUUAGACGAUGAAAUGGCAAAGUGUAGUAAGAUUAAUUUGAAGUUCUGUACGAUUUGAAACGAAAUGGGAAAAAACCAUUAAUUGACUGGUGUGUAAAUGAAGGUUUACUUACUAGCUAGCCAUUAUAAGUUUUCUUUUUGUACGAAGGAAAUGCGUAUGGUCAAAUGUAAAGAUCAUUCAGAUAACUUUGAAUGGGUUUUUUGCAAGAAAGGUUCAUGCAAGAAAUGCCACCGACAAUCCAGCACAAUAGAAGAUAUUUUUAACUCUUAUUUUUGUGAAUUUAUGUGACAAUGCUAGUAUACAGAUUCUAAUUCAGAUAAUUUUAGAAAGUUUUUGGAUGCUGUUAAGAAAUUUCAUGUGAUUGAAGAUAGAAAAAUUUGUUAGCAAGUAAUGCCAUUCAAGGUUCCGUGAGCACUGUGCCAUUUGCUGUAUGUGGUAGAACCAGUGGUUUCUUUAAGAAGCAAAUUUGUGUAGAAAUAGUUGACCCAUUAAUGGCUGAAGAACUGACGUUAUCUAAAACUUAUGACUUUUUCAUAAAUCCAGUAAUGUAUGAUGAACUGACGUUUCCUAAAGUUUAUGACUUUAUCAUGAAUUUGUCAAAUUCUUUUGUUGAAGCAAUGCAUGGUUUAGAUGAUUUUCUAGUAAUACUUGAUGAACUGACGGUUACUAAAAUUUAUGACUUUAUCAUGAAUUUGCCAAGUUCUUUUGUUGAAGCAAUGCUGUGUUUAGAUGAUUUUCUAGAUAAUAUUCUAGAUAAUAUUUUUGAAAAGGGAACAGUUGUUCUUGAAGAAAGAAUGCUAGUGGAAAACUCCACUUUGACUGCAGUUGGCAAAUUAAUUAUUGAUAAAGAUAAAGUAAAAAUAAUACCUCCUAAUCCAGGGUUGAAGUAUUUUGUAACUCCAUUGACUUUGGACUCACUGACUAAGAAAGUGAGUGAUUCAGCUAGGUUUCGCAAAAGUAUGUGCAUUAUCGGAUGUGCAGUAAGUUUAUAUUUGUUUGCUUCUACUGCAGUAAGAGGCUUUAUAAAAAUUAAACAACAAAUAAAUCGGGCAAAACAUUUGAAAGAGAUGGAAGAAGCAAGGUGUCUGCGAUUGAUGGCAGACAGUACCCGUAAAUUACAAGCCAGAUAUAAUAAUUGUUCUAGGUGUGUUGUGUGCAGUGAAUAUCCUGUAGAACUUUUAAUUAAUGAGUGUGGCCAUGCAUGCUUAUGUUUAAACUGUUCUCGGAAAAUUCAGAACUUAUGUCCAGUUUGUAGGUCUAAAAUUGUCUCUUUUGUACCAGUCAUUUUACCUUGAUAUCUGUGAUAAUUAAUAUAUUUUUAUUUUUAAAUGUA